GUAAGGAAAUAUCUGAUCAUACGAGAGAAAAAAAGAAAAAAAGAAAAAGCUAAAUAUUAGAGAAUAGAGGAUGAAUGGUGUGACACAGGUUGAACCAGAUUCCUCUGAGUUUGUUGAAGUUGAUCCAACUGGUAGAUAUGGCAGAUACAAUGAAAUCCUCGGCAAAGGAGCUUCCAAGACAGUAUAUAAAGCAUUUGAUGAGUAUCAAGGGAUUGAAGUUGCUUGGAACCAGGUCAAACUAAAUGAUUUCCUGCAAAGCCCUGAAGAUCUCGAGAGGCUUUACUGCGAAAUUCAUCUCCUGAAGACAUUGAAGCACAGAAACAUUAUGAAAUUUUACACGUCUUGGGUCGAUACUGCAAAUAGGAAUAUCAAUUUCGUUACUGAAUUGUUCUCUUCUGGUACUCUUAGACAGUAUAGGCUAAAGCACAAGAAAGUGAACAUCAGAGCCGUGAAGCAUUGGUGUAGACAGAUCCUGAGAGGACUUCUCUAUCUUCAUAGCCAUGACCCGGUUGUGAUCCAUAGAGAUCUCAAAUGUGAUAAUAUUUUUGUCAAUGGAAACCAAGGUGAAGUGAAGAUUGGGGAUCUUGGCCUGGCAGCAAUUCUCCGGAAAUCUCAUGCUGCUCAUUGUGUAGGAACACCCGAGUUCAUGGCACCAGAAGUAUAUGAAGAGGCAUAUAAUGAAUUAGUUGACAUCUAUUCCUUUGGGAUGUGCAUAUUAGAAAUGGUCACAUUUGAAUAUCCUUAUAGCGAAUGCAACCAUCCAGCACAAAUCUACAAGAAAGUUAUUUCUGGGAAAAAACCAGAUGCUUUGUAUAAAGUGAAGGAUCCAGAAGUGCGCCAAUUUGUUGAGAAAUGCCUGGCAACAGUGUCUUUAAGGCUCUCUGCAAGGCAGCUUCUAGAUGAUCCUUUUCUUCGGAAUGAAGACUACGAAUAUGAUCUGGGACCAGUAGACGGCAGAGCAUUUGAUGGCUUGGGUCCUCUCAUCAGUCAGCCAUUCUUGGAUCUCCAUCGGAGCUAUAGUAACUUAAGUACUGAAUGCUCAAAUGGCUUUGGAUAUGGGGACUGGUAUUCUCAUCUAGCGGAGGUUGAACCUAAUGGAAUUGAACUUUUCGAGUGCCAUGACGAUGAACCCUCGGCAGAUGUUGACAUAAGCAUCAAAGGCAAGAGGGAUGAUGAAAGUGGCAUCUUUUUGAGACUAAGAAUUGCAGAUAAAGAAGGCCGAAUUCGAAAUAUUUAUUUCCCAUUUGAUCUAGAGAUGGACACAGCAAUAAGUGUAGCAAGUGAAAUGAUUGCGGAACUCGACAUUACCGAUCAGGAUGUUACCAGAAUAGCAGAUAUGAUAGAUGGGGAAAUUGCUUCCUUAGUACCUGAAUGGAGGCCAGGACCAGGAAUUGAGGAAACUACCCAUUUUACAAAUCAAAGUUUGUGUCACAAUUGUGUGUCUAAUCAUACUUCUGGUGGCAAUGUUAUGGAUUUUCUUUCACAUAAUCAGGGUGGGAAGAACUUGCAGCUUCUUCAGUGCUCUAGGCAUGGAUGUGCUUCAAUGCAUGGGCGGUUUGAGGAGAUUACCUUCCAAUCUGAGGAGUAUGACAAUCAUGUUAGAGAGGAUGCACCUAACGUAUCAAGCCAACCAGACUGCUUGCAGUAUCAGGAGUUAUGGAAUCAUCAGGAAAGUCGUGAACUGAGUCCAGUGGAGUCUGAUCAAAGCCAUUCUGAUGAACAAUAUGAACAACUAGACAGAUCAGUAUUAGCAGAAGACAAAGGACACGAUGUUUGGGAAAACAAGUUUGCAUCCGAUGCAAACUCCUCACGAAAUUCAUCAGGAACUCACUAUUUCUCUACAAUCAGUUCGUUAUGUUGUGGCCUUGAGAAUGAAUAUGAGAGGGAGAUCCAACAAGAAAUGAGAAGGCUCAGAGCAACAUACCAAAUGGGGUUAAGGGAACUCAAGGAUCAACUUAUUGGUCUAACGGCUAAAUCUUCACACACUUGUUACGGAGAGCUCAAAACAGAUCAAGGCAUUGUGACACCACCUUCACUAACAGCAACUGUAAACGGAGACGACCAUGGGAUAUACUUGAAACCCUUUGAUAAUCUCUGGAAUGGUGAUUCCAGUUGCCAUUCUCAAGUCCAAAAGAUCCACCCCAAUUUGGACACCCAAAGGGCCCAAAAUUGUGAGGUGAUGUGUUCUCCUCGAGACAGUAUGGUUACUGCAAAGAAUUUUUACACAGAAUCGUUGCUUCCAGACACACUACACAGGACAGUUUCCCUCCCUGUUGAUGCUGUGGAUUUAUAAUUUUAUGAUGCAAUCUUUGAAUUCUUUGUGGAUUAUGUAUAUACACUAGUAGAGGCUAUCUAAUUUGCACAUUCCACCCCAUUUUAUUUUUCUCUCGAGAAUUUCAAAUUGCCUACAAGGAAACCAAAUCCUUUUCCUACAAAAGUAUCAAUAUACAGUA